AUGGAGGCUGUAGGUUCUUUCCUUUGCCUCUUCUAGGAAGAAGUUCUGUGGGAUGUUGUAACUGGCCCACCUUGGAUUCAUACUUUUCCUCAACUGAUCAUGGUAGCCAGAGAAGUGGAGAAACUCCAUGUAGAAAUCAAAUUGGCCAGGUCCAGCCCCAGGAUAGAGGAGUAGGGAGGGGAUGGAAUGGGGUUCUUAGCUUCCUCAAAUGGACCACAGGGAUUGGGAAUAGGAAAGUGAUGUUUCCUCAAAAAGAAGCUAGACAAACCAAGAUCCCAAGUGUGCGAUGCCUACCAAGAAGCUUUGCACACUUAGCCACUUCAGCCUCCAACCACCCCACUGUUUUCCAGGUGAUCGUUCAGCGGUCUCUGGCUGCCAAGAACCUGUCCCAUGCCAAAGGAGGCUCUCUGAUGGCUGCCUACCUGAAGGUGCUGCCUCUUUUCAUGAUGGUGUUCCCUGGAAUGGUCAGUCGUGUCCUCUUCCCAGAUCAAGUGGCUUGUGCAGAUCCAGAAACCUGCCUGAAGGUCUGUAGCAACCCUUCUGGCUGCUCCGACAUCGCAUAUCCCAAACUGGUGCUGGAACUCCUGCCCACAGGGCUCCGUGGGCUCAUGAUGGCUGUGAUGGUGGCGGCGCUCAUGUCCUCCCUCACCUCCAUCUUUAAUAGUGCCAGCACCAUCUUCACCAUGGACCUCUGGAAUUACAUCCGGCCUCGGGCGUCAGAGAGGGAGCUCAUGAUUGUAGGCAGGGCAUUUGUGUUGCUGCUGGUGCUGGUCUCCAUCCUCUGGAUCCCCGUGGUCCAGGCCAGCCAGGGAGGCCAGCUCUUCAUUUACAUCCAGUCCAUCAGCUCCUACCUGCAGCCACCCGUGGCCGUGGUGUUCAUCAUGGGAUGCUUCUGGAAAUGGACCAAUGAAAAGGGGGCCUUCUCAGGUCUGAUCUUGGGCCUUCUCCUAGGCUUGAUUCGGCUGGUCCUGGACUUCAUUUACCCGCAGCCACGGUGUGACCAGCCAGAUGACCGCCCCACCGUGGUGAAGGAUGUCCAUUACCUGUAUUUCUCCAUGAUUCUGUCUGCAGUGACUCUGAUCACGGUGUCCAUCGUGAGUGGGUUCACGGAGUCGCCCUCCAAGGAGAUGGUAAGCCGCCUGACCUGGUUUACUCGUCAUGACCCCAUGGUCCAGAAGGAUCAGGUACCACCAGCAACUCCCCAGACUCUUACCAUCUCUCCAAAUGGGACAUCAGAGGCCAGCAUCACCAACAUCCAGUUGGAGAUUGUUCAAGAAAACAUAGCCAAACCCCACUGCUGUGACACGACCCCAAAGCGGUCCAAAGUGAUGCGAGCCAUCUUGUGGCUCUGUGGAAUGGAGAGCCUGGAUAAGGAGCCCCCGAGCAAAGUGGAACCCGUCAUAGUUUCCUUGGAAGAAAACCCCCUCGUGAAAACCCUUCUGGACAUCAAUCUCAUCAUCUGCGUUAGCUGUGCCAUCUUUCUCUGGGGCUACUUUGCUUAACGUCGGGGGUGAACCCAGGGGUCCAGUCUGUUGUCCGCGCCCUCUUUUUGUAAUGAAAGGAAAUAAAUAAUAAAGCUUCGUUUGUUUACUGUGA